AUGCCAAUCGCAACCACAGCCCCCACUCCUGCUUUCAAGGUUCUUCCUCCUGGAAUAUACUGUCCAACGAUAUCAUUCUUCCUACCCACUCAAGAACAGGAAUUAGAUAUUGAUCUUCACAUCAAACAUAUGGAAUUUUUAGCUAGAUCAGGUAUCGCGGGUGUCGUUGUUCAAGGUUCUACAGCUGAAGCUGUUGCUCUGGAUCAUGAAGAAAGGAAGACUCUCAUCUCAACUGCCAAACAAGCAUUCAGGAGUGUAGGCAAUAACGGUCCUAUCAUAGCUGGAACUGUUGGCGCACAAUCUUCAAGAGAAGCUUUGAAAUUAUGUAAAGAUGCAUCGGAUGCAGGUGCAGAUUUCGCUUUGGUUUUACCUCCAUCUUAUUAUCCUGCUGCUAUGACCACUGAAGCUAUUCAAAAUUUCUUCGAAGAACUCGCAUCAGCUUCUCCAAUCCCGAUUAUAAUCUAUUCUUAUCCUGGUGUUUCCAGUGGUAUACAACUGGAUACAGAUAUAAUUUGUAGAUUGGCAAAACAUCCUAAUAUCUUAGGUGUAAAACAUACGGAUCAUGAUGUAGGUAGAAUCGCAAGAGAAACUGCUUUUGCCAAAACUCAUGAUUUCGGCUCCCCAUUCACUAUCCUAGGAGGCGCGACGGAUUACCUUCUUGGAGCAUUGGCAGUAGGCGGUCAAGGUGCUAUUACUGGAAUGGCAAAUGUCGCACCUAGAGUAUGUGCGAGAGCUUUCGAGCUUGGUGUUCAAGGCAAAAUCGAAGAAGCAUUAAAAUACGCUGGUGCUAUAAGUCAAGCUGAAUGGGGAAUGGGUAAAGGUGCUAUAUUAGGUACCAAGUACAUGACUUGUUGGGCAAAUUCAUACCCUUCCAACGCUGCCUUGGCCAGAAAACCUCUUGCUCUAUGCACAGAAGCAGUAAAGGAUCACUGUCGAUCAGUCGCAGAAGAGAUCGUAGCUCUUGAACGUCAAUUGGAGAAGGAAGGUUGGGUAGGUGCUGCGCUAAGAGCACAAAAUGGAAAUGGAACGGUACCAAGCAAGAAAACAAAUGGCGUUCUUGAUACUCUCAAAGAGACAGUUGCUGCGCUCUAA